AUGGCUGAAGCUCUGGAAUGCUUGCGUCUUCUACGUAAGCUCGAUGAUGAUAUGACACCGGAACGAAUCGUCUAUGGAGUUGUCGUUGUGUCCAUUACUGUUGCCGCACUUUUACUGAAUUCCCUAUUGAUCGCUGUAAUUCUCAAAACAGAUAUCAUCCCUCGAUGCCUGCGUUUAUACUUGACCAGUGCAGCUACAGCUGGUAUAGCUGGCGCUGUAACGAAUGCUCUCACCCUAAUACCAGCUAUUCUAUUUCGGAUUCAAUUAAUGGAUCCUAUAAAUAUCUAUCUGUCAACUCUAGAUACACUUGGUUAUCUCACUCUAAUGCUUACUACUACGAUUAUUGCCGUUGAUCGUUUUAUAUUCUUUUAUAUGAAUGAGGUUAAUUUUAUAUUCCGGAAAAUCUUCGCUAGCUGUAUCAUAGUAUCAUAG